AUGCCCUCUCUGCUCUACAACCACUUACCGAAAAACCUCCUUCUCAUUCUUCUGAGCUUCAUUUUCCUUCCGCUCGACACUUUCCUCCUCUUUUCCGCCUGCGCCCUACGGCCCUUUCUCCGAACGUCCCGCCGCGAGAAUGCCGCGAACGUCCACAAGGACACCAUCAUCAACGGCAAUGGCAGCGGCGGGCAAACCAUCCUCAUAACCGGCGUCUCCAUGACCAAGGCCCUCGUCCUCGCCCGCCUCCUGCACGCCCACAACCCCUCGCACCGCAUCAUCGGCGCCGACUUCCACCCGCUGGCGUGCGGGCGGAUGUCGCGCUCGCUCUCGUGCUUCUAUGUCUUGUCGCCGCCCACAACCUCGGGCGAUGCGGACCCAUACAUAGCGUCGCUGCUUCGCAUCGUCAAGGCGGAACGUUGUGCGCUGUGGAUUAGCUGCUCGGGCGUCGCGUCCGCGCUCGAGGACGGCAUUGCGGCCGAGGUGGUGGCCAAGCGCACGCGCUGCCGUGUCGUCCAAUUCGGUGUUGCCGACGUUCGCGACCUGCACGAUAAGAACGCCUUCAUGGAGCGCACGCGGCGGCUGGGCCUACGUGUGCCGGAAACACGCAAGGUGGAGAGUGCCGACGCGAUGGUGGCGGCACUACGGCGAUGCGUGGGCCUAUCCGACUGGCGAGGUGAGAAGGAGGGAAGAAGCAGCAGGAAGUUCAUCGCGAAAAGCGUUGGCAUGGAUGAUAAGAGCCGCGGCGACCUGACGCUGCUGCCUCGUUCGACAGAGCGCGAGACGCGCGAGCACGUCGCCCGGCUGGGCGUCAGCAGCGAGCGGCCGUGGAUCGUGCAGGAGUUCGUCAGAGGCCGCGAAUUCUGCACGCAUGCCCUCGUGGUGCGCGGCUGCGUGCGUGCAUUCCUGGCGUGUCCGUCAGCGGAGUUACUAAUGCACUACCGCGCCCUCUCGGCAGAUGCGCCGUUGUCGCGCGCUAUGCUAGCCUUCACGGAAAGGCAGGCUGAGUCUGGUGGCGAGGACUUCACUGGCCACUUGAGCUUCGACUUCCUCGUCAAGCAUGAUGACAUCGAGAAAACGGACCCGGAGAGCAUCAACUUGUACCCAAUCGAGUGCAACCCACGUGCUCAUACGGCAGACGUGCUGCUCAACGGCUCCAUGGAACUCGCUGGCGAGUACCUUGCCGUCCUGCAGAACGGCCAGCCGCCAAGGAGGGAUAUCGUGACGCCAAAGCAGCCCUCCAAGUACUAUUGGAUCGGACACGAUUUAGUGCAGCUACUCUUGCUGCCAGUCCUUCUGAUGCUGACCGGCCAGGCUACCGUUCGCGACACUGCCCAGUCCGUUCGAGAUUUCCUUGUACAUCUUCUGUUCUGGAAAGACGGCACUUUCGAGCUGUGGGAUCCGUUGCCAUGGUGGUGGCUUUACCAUGUGUACUGGCCCAUGCAGUUCGUUAACAGCAUUCGAACCGGAAGGAAGUGGAGCCGGAUGAACGUCAGCACCACCAAGAUGUUUGACUGCGAUUGA